AAGUGGGGCACACCAGCACCAGUCUUCCGAUGGGUCAAACCUUCAUAACUCCCAACUGUCCCUCCUAACAACAACAUCCAGAAUUUCAAAUCAUUUCUAAACUUUUGUUUUCCAGUUACAGCCUAUCAAAAUGCCUUUCAAAAUAAUAAACUCCAAAUCCCUCUUCUACACCGACACCCCCAGCACCUCCUCAUCUUCCAACCCCCACACAACCCUCUUCAUCCACGGCCUCGGCUCCUCCUCCUGCUUCUACAGCACCAUCAUCCCAUCUCUCACAUCCCAAACCCGGUGCAUCGCCCUCGACACUCCUGGAUCAGGUCUCUCCACUCUGGGAUCAACAGAACAAAGCAUCAAGACAAUCGCGGAAGAUGCACUCGCGCUGCUAGAUGCUUUGAAUGUGAAAGAGAGAGUCGUGGUGGUGGGCCAUUCAAUGGGUGGUAUUGUGGCGAGUCUGAUGGCGGAAUUGUUUAAGGAGAGGGUGAAGGGUGUGGUGUUGUUGGGGCCGGUGAACCCAGCGGAGAAUUUGAAGGAGGUUUUUGGGAAGAGGGUUGAGGUUGUGAAAGCGGAUGGUCUUGAGCCCCUCGCAAACACCAUCCCUACAGGUGCCACGGGAUCAAAAUCGACAUCUUUGCAUCACGCGUUCAUCCGGUCUCUCAUCCUUGGAACAUUACCCGAAGGAUAUAUCUCACUAUGUAACGCUAUUGCUAAUGCUACAAAGCCUGAUUAUAGCAAGAUAGAGGUUCCGUUGCUUAUCCUGGCUGGAGAAGAUGACAAGACUGCUCCGUUGGCGGCGUCGGAGGCGAUUGCCAGUGCGUAUGGGACGAAGGAGGGAGAAAAGAAGGUUGAGGUUUUGAGGGGUGUUGGCCAUUGGCAUUGUGUUGAGGCUUCGGAGGAGGUUGCGAGGUAUGUUGGGGAGUUUUUGGGGAGGGUUUGA